AUGACUUCCAACGUAAUUGACCUCAUCUCUUCGAGUCCGCCUAGAGAUGUCGUGCCACCUAGGCAUGCGGCGGCCAAAUCCGACUCCGCGCCAUCAAAACCGGCGCAUGUCGAGAUUCACUCGGACGAUUUCUGUAGCAGCGGGGAUGAUAUACUUGAAAGUCCAAGGCUCAUAAACGAACCAAGUGCGAAGCGGCUGUGCUUGUCUGCUAAGGAGAGCGUUUACCAGCAAUGCCGACCCUCCAGCUCAUUCGUCUCGGCAGAGUCAUUGCAAGUCAAAGGCUCGAAAAGGAUGACAUUGCCAGAAGAAGUCGAAUGCGUCAUCCCUAUACAAACAAAUAGAGCUGUUUCGCCCUUAACCUCUCCUAAACGACGAGUCACCAGCUUGAGGAGGAGCAGGACAGAGCCGGUGCAGCCCAACAGUGGCUGGUUGCCCGACUCUGAUCCAUUUGCUAGCUCACCACCACCACGACUGGCUGCCAACACGCCACACGCCCAAAUUGCUCAAGAUAACCUGUCAGAUCCAUUUGCCAGCUCGCCUGUGAGAAUAACGGCGCCCUUCUCCACAUCCCAUACAUCUCUCGCUCGAGAACCGGCACGCCCAAAAAGUACAGUGGCUGCCUGGGAUCCCAUAUCUAGCUCAGCUCCGUGUUCAUCCGCGCCUCUAAAUACCACAGUUGCACCUCCAAAUUGCUUAAUACGCAGUCCAUCUGUUAUCAGCAUCGGAGACACAUCUGCUUCUAGCGAUGACGAGCUACCGGCCAUUAGCAAUUUCGACUUGUCACAAGGCCGGUCUACAUACCAUGAUUAUACAUGGAACUCUGAUCCGAAAGCCAAGUCGGCGAACGAUUCCAAGCGUAAACGUUCCGAGACUAAGCAGAAAAAGCCGCGACAGGCCAUUGACCCAAGUCAGCGCGCUGCGGCCAAGGCUCACGAGAAAGAGCAGAAACGUCAGGAACGAGAACGAGAAAAGGCAGAGCGGCAACGGCAAAGAGAUGCUGCAGCUGCCAUCGUGGAAGUGAACAAGGCAAAAGGAAACAGAAAGGUAUCUGCAAAAGAAAUGAUUGUGGAGAUUCCGCUCUCUCUCCCGUCAACAAUCAAAGUGCAGCUAGAAACGCUGCUCGGGGGACUCGAAGUGCAACAUCGAGACUAUGAAAAUUCAGUACACAAUGUUAUCAAGUGGCGUCGCAAGAUCAACAGCAGGUUUGACGACGAGUCAGGUCAAUGGGUCCCGGUGCCGCUGCGUAUUGAACAAGAGGAACAUGCCCUCGUUUUCAUGACUGCAGAGAACUUGGUGCGGCUCGCCGUGGACGACGGCCUUGACGCGCAUAUGGCCUCGCUCCGAGGCCAAUAUCCAAACGAAAAACUCAUUUACAUCCUGCAAGGCGUUACAGCUUGGAUGAGGAAGAAUCGGAACAUACGAAACCGGCAGUUUGCCGCUGGUGUACGAUCACAGAACGAAAGUCAGACAGCCCCUGGACGUCGACGAGCUGAGCCAGCCGAAUACAUUGACGAGGACAUGGUGGAAGACACUAUGCUCCGACUGCAAGUCGAGCACGACGUGCUCAUCCACCACACUGCCAUACCGCUCGAAACGGCGCAAUGGAUUUCCAUAUUUACGCAAAAUAUUUCUACCAUUCCCUACAAGAGGCAGAGGGACGAGGAUACGGCCGGCGCGCGUUUCUGCAUGGACAGCGGUCAGGUCAGGACGGGCGAGAACACGCAAGAUACCUACGUGCGCAUGCUACAGGAAAUCUUCCGCGUGACAGCUCCUAUCGCCUAUGGUGUUGCGUCAGAAUUCAGCAGUGUCACGAAGCUGGUCGAAGGGUUAGAGGCGCGCGGGCCUAAUGCGCUGGAGCAGCUCCGUAAGAGCGCCAACAAAGACGGAGCGUUCUCAGACCGGGCGAUUGGACAGGCCGUGAGCAAGCGCUUCUACAAAAUUUUUACGGGCACAGACAAGACCAGCACGGAUGUUUAA